AUGCACGCAAAUCAAGACCCAAAUGGCAAUGAUACAGUAGAUGAAGGUUUGAAUAGUAACCAGCUUCUUGAAAAAGCAGGAGGGUAUGGAAGAAUGCAGUGGUAUAUCCUGUUGUACGUUGUUAUCUGCAGACAAGGAUUAAGCUUUAUCCUAUUCAGUCUUCCAUUUUCAGAGAUUGUUCCAAGAUUGGAGUGCUAUGACCAAUCUUCAGGAGCUUUCUUAGAAUGUACUAAAGACCAAAUCUGUAUGGGAGACACUCUAAUCGAUAGGAACUUAUGGCGCCCAGAUUUCUCAAACUACAGAAGCUUCAAGAAUUGGAUGACAGAGCUUGAACUCUACUGUUAUAGUGACUUCAUGAUUGGGCUUCUCGGCUCAGUAGUAUUCAUUGGCUUUGCCCUUGGUGGAAUUGUACUCAAACAAUCGGAUACAUUCGGCAGAAAAAAAAUCAUCUUGAGUGGAUACAUUUUAGCAUGAGUAUGCUCGAUAAUACUCUACUUUUGUAAGAAUAUGUAUGUUAUCUAUGUAACACUGUUCUUCAGUGGAUUUUCGUUCUACAAAGAUUUCUGAUUAUACAUUUACCUCCUCGAAAUCACCCCGCAAAAGUACCAAGUGUAUGUAGGAAGUGUGUUCCAAUCUUGUGCUGCAGUUUUAAGUGUCAUCCCUGUCUGCUUGUUUCUCAUUUUAGGUGGUGAAAAUCUGCAAGAUAUGUUCACAGUUGGAUUAGCUUUGUCCAUGGUCAGCCCAAUAAUGACUUUUUUCAUCCCUGAAUCUCCUAAAUAUUUGUAUGAAAAGAAGAUGUAUCCUGAACUGAGAGAAACAUUAUCAUCGAUUUCAGCUACAAAUCGUGUUGAAAUGGGUCAGUACUAUGUAAAAGGUGAAGUCUCACUUGAAAGUAUGGAGCUUCAAGAUCGUAAAUUUGUGAAAUUGAAUCCAAAAACCAGUCGUGAGAUAUCAGUCUCCCCAAGUUCGAACCAGAUCUCUGAAUCAUUACAAACGCCUUUGAUAAAUCACCACAAGGAGGAGUUUUCUAUCGUCAUGUACUUAAAAGAGAAGACGAGAUUGAUAAACUUCAUCAGUGUUGUUAUUUGUUUCUGCAUCAUAUCUUUCAACUACUACGAGAUCUCCUUCGCUCUAAAAUACAUCGAUGGUGACAUCUACAUCAACCUACUAAGCACAUGUAUCUCUGAAACACUAGGCAAUUUCUCAGGUUCGAUAAUCCAAAAAUACUUUGGAUCGCGACUAGGAAUGGUGGUCUGCUAUUGCCUUUCCUUCCUAUCAGUUCUGUGCCUCCUCUUCACAACAAAUCCAGGAGUGAUAGUCACAGCAGUGUUCUUCGGGAAGUUUUUUAUUUCAGGAGCAUUCAUUAUAGCUUACUUCAUAAACACAGAGAUGUUCUGAGCUCUGUUCAUCCCCUUCUCCUUCGCAGUGUGCAACUUCUGUUCAAGACUGUUUACAAUGAUGGCUCCCCAGGUCGCAGAGAUGAAGCCCAGACAGAUCUCUAUAAUCGUGUUCAUGGCUUUACUCGUAGUUGCAAGCUUGUGAGCACUGGCUAUAAGGAAUAGGUAA